AUGAGAAGGUUCAACGCCAUGACAUCAGACUCGACAAUACAGAAACUCCUACCUGCAUGCCACUAUGUUGCAAGGCUCUACAUGAAGAAGGCCCAUGAAGCAGGACACAGAGGAAGAAACGCUAAACUUGCAAGAUUCAGACAACACUAUUUGGUUCGUCAUGGAGACAAACUGGCAAACAGUGUGAAGGCAAACUGUCAGUUGUUAUGUGCAGAGGUAACCAACCUGAUGAAUGAACGUCCUAUUUGUGCUCGGAUCAGUGAAGACUCAGACAUAACAGUCUUCACCCCAAACUCCUUAUUACUUGGUCGAGCUACAGCCAAGAAUCCAGGCGGAUGGCAACCCAGAGGUUCGGUUGAAUCAAAGUAUCAUCUGGUCCAGACAAUCACAGAUGAAUUCUGGAAGAACUGGACGGAGUUGUUUGCUCCAACACGUCUUGUUGUCCGACAGAAAUGGUCAACGUCUCAACGCAAUCUCCAGCCAGGUGAUGUAGUUCUUGUUGCAGACAAAAGAGUUCUACGCGGAGACUACAGGCUGGGAUUGAUAAAGGAAGUGUUCCCCGGCAGUGACAGCAAAGUGCGCAGAGUGACUCUGACCUACAAGAACCCGAAACAAGGUGAAAAACAGUCGGUGUAUACUGGAGUGAAGGACACUACAGUCUCUCGCAGUGUGCAGCGUCUUGCGUUGCUUGUUCCAGUCGACAGGUCUUCAGAGAUGGAGGAUUCAAAUGAGUCAAGGUACAAGAUGUGUCAAGGUCAUGCCAGAAUUCUGCUGUGCCCAAUUAUGUGGCAUCUCGUGCAUAUGGCGACGUCUCAGAAACUGGAGGAACAUUUCCUCACAUGCACCAUAUGUACAGAGGUGUUUGACAAUCCGUGCACCCUUGCCUGUUAUCACACAUUCUGUCGGAAAUGUGUCGUCAACUACACCAAAACCAAACCGGAAGCCAUCAGUGCCAAGUCUCUGCUGUGUCCUUUCUGCAGCAAGACGACGGAAGUGAGCUCCCCUGACAGACCAAUAGAUGAGUGGGCGGAUGACGUCAAACCGAGCUUUGUCAUCCAGGGACUCCUGGACUCUUUUGGCCCCGGAUGUAAAGAUUCGAAGAACUGCACGUGCUGUCAUCGCGAAGGGGAGACAACUCCAGCGACUGUGUGGUGUUCGGUAUGCGAUGAUGCCCUGUGUGACGCAUGUGCUAGGGUGCACAGUCGCAUCUCAUCAACUCGUCAUCACGAUACAUCUGAACUGACUAGGGAGGCCAUUAUCCCAAGGAAACGAAACAUCAAGUGUAAAGAACACAAAGAUGAAAACAUCAAAUUCCUGUGCAAAGAUUGCAAGAAAGUCACCUGUCACACCUGUUGUGUUAUCUAUCACAGGAAAUGUGAGUCAGUUGUCACACUGGAGUCGGAAUUACCUGCAUUAAAGUCCCAGCUGUUGAAUAAGAAGGAAACUAUUUCGAAGAAGCAAAUGGAAAUGAAAACGAAAGUUGAUGCUGUUAAAGUGAACGUGGUUUCUGAAAAAGAUCGAUAUGCAGAAAUUGAACAGGACAUCAAGUCUUUUGGUACCAAAGCGAGAGAGAAGAUAACUCUCAUGGAAAAUAAACUGCUAGAUGAACUGAAAGAAGUUUCUGAAAAGCACAUUGAACAACUGACAGCCGACAUAAGGUCGGGUGAAAUAUCAGUACAGAUGUACCGACAACAGACUGAGCUCAUAGACCAGACUCUACAUUCCGAGUGUGACAUGGACGUGUAUGUGAUGUAUCAGGGAUGUGAGGCCGGUGAUAUGGAUGCUGUUGGAGACGUAGACGUGAAGAAGAGGAUGAGAAUAACCAGGAUCAUGUUUAGAAAGAACGGAGACAGGCUGUGUAGAGCUCUGGACGAUCUACAGCUGGGUGAGAUUGAUGUCCAGUAUGACGGUAUGCUGAAUUUUGAGGGAACAGAUGUGCUACAAGACACUGGCAAUGUGCUGGACCUGGAGGCUGCUCCUGUGUUGCAGGACACCAUUAGCAUUAAGGUAGCAGGAGACGACAUUAAGGAUUACCCUGCUGACGUAACAGUGUUGCUGGUGAAUGGUACAUACACAGUGGUUGUAACAGACUACUACAACAGCAGUGUGAAGUCCUUCUACUACAGGAACAAACAGCGACGUCACAAUAAACUCAACAUGGGAGGUGAACCGUGGGGUAUAACAAGGCUGAAACACAACCAGGUGGCUGUCACUGUAACGGAUACCAGACAGAUUGUAACAGUUGAAGUGAACCCUGACCUGGUGCUGCUGUCGACCAUCACAACCAGCAAGUAUUACUGGGGUAUAACGUCUCUAACACCAUCCACGCUAGCAGCAGGUUCUGGUAGAUGUGUGGAUAUUCUGGACAUGACAGGAAACGUCCUAAGGUCAAUGAACGCUGUAGAUAGUGGAAAGGUCAUCAUACAUUCUCCCAACUUUCUUUGUACAACAAGAACAGGAAACAUCCUUGUGUCGGAUAGCGGUUCGAAGCGUGUCCUGUGCCUGACAGCUGAAGGGGACGUUGUGUUCACCUUCCCUACAACAGGACACACAACACUGAGAAGUCCUUGUGGUAUCACAAGUACCAGCACAGGUGACAUCCUGGUUACUGACUACUAUCAAGAUACUGUUGUUCAUCUCACUGAGUCAGGACAGUUUGUCAGAAACAUACUCACUAAAGAUGAUGUCGUCUCGUUCCCGCACGGAGUUUGUGUAGAUGGCCAUGACCGUGUGUAUGUUUGUAAUUCGCACUCAGAUGAAAUCAAAGUAUUCAGUUUCAGUAGCACAGUAUAGACCUUUAAUCAACAGCCCAUUACAACUGGAUAUUACAAUUUACAACGACCUCCUGACUGCAGAUUGACUGACCUGGUGCUGACAAAUCAUCACGUACAAUAUACAGUGAGUGAGUUAAGAUUGUCACAUCAGCAAUAUUUCAGCAAUACCGAGACUAAAAACAAGUUAUCAUUUCGUGCUGAAUAAAUGUAAGUCCAAUAUAGAAUGUUAUUGAGUAUAUCUAAAGCACCGUGUGACUGGGUAAAGCUACUCUUAGCCCAGCAGAUAAGUGCAGUUUUUUCACUGAAUUGUGCACUUUGUGUUACAAGCAUGAAAUUUGGCAUGAUUGUAGCUUAUACUCUUCUUAUUAAAUAAAGAUAG